AUGGUGAAAGGAUUGGUUGUAACAAGCUGUGGUGUGUGUGAUGUGGGAGAGGACUUUAUCGGUGUUGGUGGAACAUCUUGCUGUGCAGACCCCUGCCAGCACUACACCGUACUGAAUGACGACUGGCGUGCCACCAACAACAAUGCUAACGUUAAUGGCUACCACUGCGACAAGUAUGUCAACUGGCAGGGCUGGUAUCGCCUUUUCCUGGGGAACACCAGUGUUCAGAUGCCAGAGAGGUGUGUGGAGAGGAACAUGUGUGGGACCGCCUUCCCCAUGUGGCUCACAGAUCCCCAUCCCCAGCUGUCAGACGGGGUGGUUCAGAGGGGGGUCUGUGGGAGCUGGUAUGGUGACUGCUGCAGCUUUAGACAAAAUCCCAUCCAUGUCAAAGCCUGCUAUGGAAACUACUAUGUCUACAAAUUUGUCCCUACAACACUAUGCAACUUGGCCUACUGUGCAGACGUCAACACCAAGGUGUGUUCUACCUGUAGAAACGAUGAGACCUGUAUGAGUGACAACAAGAUCAACUGGAGGUGUGAGAGGAAAGGUGAGUGUUAA